AUGGAAAUCUCAGAACGCAUUGUGCCCCCCAAUAAGACGCCUCGCAGCAUCGAUAGUCCGGCAUCUGACACUGGCGUGUCGCCGACACGGCCUGUUGGGCGGAGGACGAAGAGAUGGGCACCGAGAGCCACCACGGGGUGUCUGACUUGUCGGCUGAGGCAUGUCAAAUGCGAUGAAUUCAGGCCGGAGUGCGGACGCUGUCUAAAGCGAGGGGUCAAGUGCCAUUUCGACCGGAACCCGGCCGUGGUGCAGGUGGCCCUCGACUCACCGAGUAGCCGAGACGCAAACUCGUUUAUUAUGCCAAUACCGGUGGCAUUGGGAGGACUCACGCCUUUACAAUAUGAUUGGAUCGCAUCCUGCCGAAUAUUUGGGAUCAUUUUGAGUGCCUUUCCCGUUGACCCAUUAUUCCCGGCUGAGGACCUGGAAGCCAAGCGAAAAGCACUUUGGGUGCCUGAUCAUACCAUGGAAAGCCGCAUACGAUUCGUCUUGGGACACUACUUCACGCAGCAGAGGCGCUCUAGCCCGCCACCGACUCGAGAUGGCUGGCUGGGUGAUCUGGCGAGUGUUCAGCGCAAAUUUAGCCACUAUACCGGCCAAGUCUUGGCUAAACUCGGUACUGACAUUGGGGAUCCUGGAAAAUACCUCGAAAAGCAAGUUCUCUCUCGAGUCUCGCUGCUCAUAGCCACUGAUAUCUCAGUGAGCACUCCCACCCUGCGCCAUCAUUUACGGGGGUUCAUCGCCGGGGUAAAGGCGACAGGUGGAAUUCGGGUGGCGUUGGACAACCACGAAAUCCACCGAAACUCGGUGUUCUUGGUCAUGAUGUCCAUGAUCAUCACGAACACGACAUCCCCAUCUUUUGACCAGAUGGGCGAGGAAGCCUUUUUUACUAAUGAAGAUGUAUACGCGUACUGCGCAGAUGAGCUCAUGGAGACUUUCCCCUGCCCGACACAGCUCUUCCUUUGCAUUCGAGACAUCAACCGCGCACGACGAGAGAUAGCAGGCGGACAGUACAGCACCGGCAUUGUACGAGAGAUGAUGCAGGCAAUUUUCCGCAUCAUUGCGAGCUUUGAGCCGCAGACGUGGAGGGAGAGGUAUGUGCUACCGGAGCCAGAGGUUCGCUUUCAACUGGCGGCAAUGUACAAAGCCGCCACAAUGCUCUACGGCAUGAUGACGCUGGCAGCAUACGCGGGUGUGCCGUUUGAUGCCUCCCAUCGCAUUGCGUCGACCGAAGGCAUCGUGGACCUCGCGCUGGCCUUGUCGCAACCGCUGGGAGACCACCUCGCGUUGGCUUGGCCAUUGAUGGUGGCGGGGGCGUCGCUCGGCGGCGCUCCUCCUGGCAGGCAGGCCGUCGUAGACCGUCUGCUGCUCUCCAUCAGCCAAGGUGUAUACGCCUCCAAUGGUGUAUUUUUUGCCCUCGAACGCUUGCGGGUGUUUUGGAAAUCUGGGAAGACAGAGUGGGAUGAGUGUUUCAGCACCUGGCAGGCCGCGAUACCGUGA